AUGGAAGAAGAAAAUGUGAUGCCUGAUUGUAGUGAGUUUUCAGACCUGAAGAAUACAGCAGGAAGCGAACUUGAUCUUUUCACUACAUUUUCUGUGAAAACACUUUUUGGAUUUACAAAUAAAUUUGAAUCUACAGCUUCCAAAGAAGAAACAGUGCUUAAAGCAUUUCAACCUUUGCACACCAAUAUAAAUGUUCAGGCUAACACCUGGCAUGAGAGGAAUGAUAAUGACCGUAAUGACGACUCAGAAAAUCAGCACAGCAUGAAUAGUACCAGUGGCCUAGCUGACCCAAUGUCUGGCAGGCAGACUGACCUGGAACUGGAGUUAGCUGAACAGAAUGAAUUGCUUCUUCACCAUUUACAGCUUGUACAGACUUCUUUUUCUGCAUCUGACAGUGAUGACAAGGAUGCCAUUCUCGUACAAGGUACUUUGGUUCAUACAACAAGCGAUACAGAAUCAGACACGGAGAGUAAGGACCUAGACACGGAUGAAAACAAUACAAGUGAAUCUGGGCUAAAUAAUGCUGCUUUGUCUGCUGAGGCUUUGGACGAUAACAAUCAAAAUAAGGAAGAGUCAGAAUCAGAAGGGCACAGCAACACUGAUGGCACUGUGGAUACAGAUGACAUUGCGUUACACCCACCAAUUUCUGAGCAGCUCCCAAAAGAGCUGGAUGGUAUUCUGGAGUAUGACUCCAAUGGAAAAGACAAAAUGUUAAUGGAUGAGCAGUUCAGUCGCUUGCUUGCUGCAGGGGAAUGCCCUCAAGAACUUCCAGAUGAAAAACAAAGACCUUCAGCUGAUAAUACAUCACUCCAAAAACCAGCACUGGCUGAAAAGACUUUCCAGCUGCCUGCUUUCUUUAGUGGACUACGUGUGAGGAAAAAGGGACUAACCACAGAGGAUGGGGAAACUGUUACAGAAAUUAAACCAAGGGAGAAUGAUUUAGCUCUGCUUAAAUUACGACAGCCUGUUAAGAAAUCCAGUAUUACAUCAGGGUUGACCACUAAAAAAAAAUCCGCUGAACCUAAAGCAAGUCCUACUUUCCUGGAACAACUCUCGCACUUGUUAAACAUAGAAGUCUCCAAGAAUGAAGAUAGAACUGAGGACUCUGGUGAGGGAUCUGGAGAGACUGAGGACAGUGAUGAAGCUCAAGAGAACAAAGCCUCUGUCAAAACAGAACCACGAUUUCCCUCUGAGGAAAUAAAAUCAAGCCCUGCUGAAUCUGCACUGGAUGCCUUUAAAGCUUUAUUCACACGCCCUCCCAAAAAAGAAACAACUGCAGAUACUUCAGAGCUGGAAGCCAUAAAACGCAAAAUGAGAAAUGAAAAAGAGUCCUUGAAAGCUGUAUUUGAAAGGUCAAAAUCAAAACCUGGGGAUGGACCAUCAGACAAAUCUCCUGACCUGAGUCCCUCAGAGCAAGAUGACAAGACUCCAGGGAGACUCCAGACUGUCUGGCCACCACCAAAAGCAAAGCACGAAGAAGUAAAAGUAGGAUUAAAGUACACAGAAGCAG